UCUUUAUUAACCAAUGGUAUUCUUAGCAUACAGAGAGGAAUCCCACAUCAUUACAUAAAUGGUAAUUCCAAAGUACCUACAAGGCAGAGCUUCCAAGUGCCCAGAUGAUAGCUAGCUGCUUAGGUUUCCUGGACUGUUUGACAAGACUCAAUCUUUGUAAAUACCAGCCUUUGUCCUAAGUCAGAAAUAAAGGAAUCAAUCAUUCUUCUCUAUGCUCUCCUGUCCCUGAAAACUCACAAGAAAUUGAUCCCAACACUCCCUUACAGACUACCAUAUCUAGAUUCUAAAACUCCUUUAUAGAGGAUAGGGAGCUGAUUGCCUAUAACCCUAUAACUCCUCUUCAGAUUGUGUAUGACAUGCUGUGAUGAAAGCAGCAUGCAAAUCAUAUUGCUUAGAGAACAGUGGCAAGGAGGAGUCUACCUAUGUUCCGUUCAGUCUCCGCUGGGGCUUUCUGAGUAUUUCCUGGGUUGGCUGGCUAAAUGCAUAGAUGUGAAGUUCUCACAUGUUAAGCCACCAGUACCUGUAAACUUUAGACCAUGCUCCACUCCGCCAGGUUUCCAAUAACUGACUCUUUUCUCUCUCCCUUCUUGCUCUAGACUGUAGUGUCCUACUAGGGAGCUGUGCAAACACAUGGCUCCCAGAGAGACAGGAGAAGAAUGCAAACCCCAGCUAGCCAUUCCAAAGGAAGAUUUCUCCCAACGAUUCAAGAGCACUAGAGAUCCCUCGGCAUCAAAUGAAAAGAUGCAGCCAGCAAACAGAAAAUGAAAGCCACCCAAGCGCUGGAGGGUGCCCUUGCAGCCAGUUCUGUCCGGGUCCCGAGUUUCUCGUCAGGAUGGCCUGUAACAGCACACCCAUUGGGACAUACGAACAUCUGCUGCUGAAUGGGAGCAACGUUUCGGACCCCGGGGCCACACCACUGUCCACACCGCUCAGGAUCUCGUUGGCAAUAACGAUGUUGCUAAUGAUCGUGGUAGGGUUCCUCGGCAACACGGUCGUCUGCAUCAUCGUGUAUCAGAGGCCGGCCAUGCGUUCAGCCAUCAACCUGCUGCUGGCUACCUUGGCCUUCUCUGACAUCAUGCUGUCCUUAUGCUGCAUGCCUUUCACCGCCAUCACCCUCAUCACCGUCCGCUGGCACUUCGGGGACCACUUUUGUCGGCUCUCAGCUACACUCUAUUGGUUUUUUGUCCUAGAGGGCGUGGCCAUCCUGCUCAUCAUUAGCGUGGACCGCUUUCUCAUCAUUGUGCAGCGACAGGACAAGCUGAACCCACACAGGGCCAAGGUGAUCAUCGCAGCCUCCUGGGUGCUGUCUUUCUGCAUCUCUGCGCCCUCCUUCACCGGCUGGACGUUCAUGGAGGUGCCGGCUCGGGCCCCACAGUGUGUCCUGGGCUACACCGAGUUCCCAGCCGAACGCGCCUACGUGGUGAUGCUGGUGGUAGCGGUGUUCUUCGCGCCCUUUGGCGUCAUGUUGUGCUCCUAUCUGUGCAUCCUCAACACGGUGCGGAAGAACGCCGUCCGCGUGCACAACCAGUCAGACAGCCUGGACCUCAAACAGUUGUCCAAGGCUGGCCUGAGACGGUUCCGGCGGCAGCAGCAGCAGGUCAGCCUGGACCUGAGCUUCAAAACCAAGGCCUUCACCACCAUCCUCAUCCUCUUCGUGGGCUUUUCGCUGUGCUGGCUGCCCCACUCAGUCUAUAGCCUGCUGUCUGCGUUCAGUCGGCGGUUCUAUUACAGCGCCUCCUUCUACACCACCAGCACGUGCGUCCUGUGGCUCAGUUACCUCAAGUCCGUCUUCAACCCCAUCGUCUACUGCUGGAGGAUCAAGAAAUUCCGCGAGGCCUGCAUAGAGUUACUUCCCCAAACUUUCCAAAUCCUCCCUAAAGUGCCUGAGCGGAUCCAGAGGAGAAUCCAGCCGAGCACCGUCUACGUGUGCAAUGAAAACCAAUCCACCGUCUAGGGAGCAGGUCAGAGCAGGCCCACGGACCUCUCCGAAUGGUCCCGGCCCGGACUCUGCUCUCUAGCUUUUAGCUGUCUGCGUUUUGUGGUGACUAUACAAGCACAAAGGUACUCAUUUGUUACCAGGUGAUCUGUGGCUUUCAAUUUUCCCAUCUCCAUAAGACGAAUUGUUAUUAUUUUUCUCUCUCAGAAAAAGAAAGAAAACCUUAUAUAGUUCUAAUGGGAAUCGGGGCUUGCAGGAGCUGGUCAGAAAGUGAGAGGGGAUGAGGGGAAGGGGAAAGUGAAGCUGGCUGAGGGUGGGGCAAGAGGAGGGCCUAUCAACAGAGCACAUCCCUUGCAUCCCAGCCCCCACUCCACAUGCUCAGGGGAAGCCCCUGGUGGCAGGUUGUGGUGCCCUUGUUCAUGCUGACACCAGUAUCUGCAGGGCCUGGGUGUGGCCCAGAGGUCUUCAUAACGUUCAACUGUGUGUUUCUGAUCAUGACAAAUUAUCCUUUCUGGAAAGAAACGGAAAUCACAUUGGGAUGUUCUUGAGGUCACCAGUGUGUCAGGGUAAGGUGUGUGUGUGGUGGUGGUGGUGGGGGUAACAGUGACCCAGAGCUCAGAAAUGUACUUUGUGACAGCAAAAAUGAAAUGAGAAGUCCACCUGGGCUUGUGUUCACCCCUUCCCUAUCUGGCUAGCGCGACAGUCUCCUUUGUCCCUGUCCAUUCUUGGUUUUCAUCCUUUCCAGUGUGCUAAGAACACACCUAGUGUUACUCGUCUGUUGGGCAAGUAUUCGUAGCGACUUGCUCUCUGAAGCAGAAGCAGCCAGUGGCUUAGCUUUGUUUACACAUCUCCUCUGGAAGACCCAGAGCCUUGUGAGGCACCAAAUCCACAUCGGCACCAGAACUGCUACAGGGACAGAACAGAUACCCCCUCCUCAAAGCUGGGCUGGCACCCGUCCAUCUCUGAUCCUCCUACCUCACUCAUGCCCACCUGCUGCUGUCAAAUCCUCUUGCCCAGGACCCGAGCCUGGGAGGGAAGCUCCUUAGAGGAGACAUUUGGCUUGGCCACUAUGCUCGUGGCCACCCAGAUGACCGAGGGCUUCUGGUGUAGGAAGGUGGGUUCUGCAUGCCCAGGACGCAGCAGUGGGUCUAUUGAGCUCUCUUUGCAAAGUCAGAUGUGAAGAGAGGGAGAAAUUAAGGAAAUACGAGUCCAGGUCUGACUCUAUCAGGGACCAGUCAGUCAUCUUGUUCAUUUCAUCUUCUGUCAGCCUCAGUUUACCCAUUUGUCAAAGGAGGAAAUGAGUCUAUGUGACUUCAGUCCCCUUGAUGCUACACUUGCUCGUAGCCAAAAGACCCGGAAGAGAUUAGUCCCCUUGAUUCUAAACGGGGUGAUUUUUUUUUUUUAGCCUGAAAUCACCAGAUCCCUUACAUUCUUUUAUUCAUUUGUAUGAUGGGCAUCUAUCAAGUAAGUGCCUAAUGGAAGGAAUGUAAUGGAAGAAAUGUGCUGUGCAAGAGACAGUGACCAAAAGAAGGCUGAAAUGCACCCAGAACUAGUAGUCUGAUUUAUCUCCAGGGUGCGAGAACUCAGCCCAAGAGCACAGACGUUCCAGUUGGCUUUGUUUCUUAUUUCUUUUCAAGUUAUACUCAGAGACCAGCUCCCUACUCUCCUACCCUCUUCCUGUGGUAGUGGUGAUGGAGGCAGUGGAAGGAGGUGGGGUGUGAAGAGACCAUAACUUAUGUUAACCUCAGCCCUGGGGAGGGUCUGUCAGGAGAACGACUGACCAGUUUUCAUCAGCCAAGAGGGAAAGAGAGAGAAGGUGGGACGGGCAUGUAGCUUAUUAAGGCUGGUGCCACCAAUCUGAUGCCUCUCCCAGUGAUCCACAAGGCAAGGAUUGGUCUCGGCUUCCAUGGGUCAAGUUCACAGGGCCCAGUGGUACCCAAGAGAAUUGCCAGACUACUGCGAGGGACAAGCCCAUGGGCACCUCCUCUCCAGUGGUAUUUUAGAGAAAUUGUAUUCAGGAACCUUGAACAAAGAGAAAUCACAAAGCUGAGUGAAGGUACUAAAAUUUACAUCAAUGUGUGUUAUAUGAUAUAUGUUGGAUAGUAAUAUAUAUGUUUCAAAGUAAUAAUUUUGUAUAUAUUUUAAAUAA